UUGAUGCCUGUUGUGAGGAGGAUAUUCAAGUUGGAAUUGUAAGCCUUAUAAAUGAUACUGAUGGGACCUUGUUGGCUUCGUCUAAGGGAGAUUAUGAUUUUUACUGACUGCGCCGUCUUAUCUCAUGUUUUGUUAUUAAUAUGUUCUCGUUCGGAAUUGUUAGCUACUGCUGCUGUUGCAACAUUUUCUGAACGCUUAAAUAAACAACAAAUAACAAUUGAUAUCGACAGUGCAUUGUUUUACAACAAAUCAUUAAUUCAAAAUCUCGAAUCAAAAAUUGAAUGUUUUACUGCCACCCCUCUUGUAGUCCUUAGUUUACCCCAUCAGAAUAAUUUCAUUUCACUUCAUUAAAAAAUUUCCCACGGGACGGGCACUGCGGAAGCACUUGACUGAAGACGCCUUACAGUCCAUCAGAAAUGGGAUCAGAUUUUUUAAAAGGGUAUCCAAAAACUUCUUGU